AAAUCCACCCUGAAAUCUGCAGGCUUUUCAUCCAGCUGCAGUGCUGCUUGGAGAUGUACAUCACCGAGAUGCUCAAGUCCAUGUGUAUGUUGGGUGUGCUGCAGCUCCACAGGAAAGGAAACGAGUCGUGUCCUGAAUCAAAUGCAGACUGCAGGGUGGACGAAAGCUCUGAUGUCCCCAUAUUGGAGGACAGGUCUUCAUCACCUGUCGACUUCCCCCAUGAAUCCUGGCUUGUAUGCACAGAUAUUGAGAAUAUAGAGAGUGAUAUGCGUGAGAUGAGAAAUCUGCUAAGCAAACUCAGGGAGACCAUGCCUUUGCCACUGAAGAACCAAGAUGACAGCAGUUUGCUAAACCUGACACCCUACCCACUGGUGAGGCAGAGGAAGAGGCGUUUCUCUGGGCUCUGCUGCCUUGUGUCGGGAAGAGUGCAAACAGAAAUGCCCUACCCAACCUCCAUUACGCCACCACACUCUGCCCCAACCUGCCUAGGCACACCCUUCCAUACACCACCACACUCUGUCGCAACCUACCGUGCCCCACCCUCCAAAACACCACCACACUCUGCCCCAACUUGCCCAGCCCUACCCUGCCAUACACCACCACACUCUUCUCCUACCUGCCAAGCCAACGCUCCCAUACACCACCACACUCUGCCUCAACCUGCCAGCCCCACCCUCCCAUACACCACCACACUCUGCCUCAACCUGCCAAACCCCACGCUCCCAUACACCACCACACUCUGCCUCAACCUGCCAGCCCCACCCUCCCAUACACCACCACACUCUGCCGCAACCUGCCAAACCCCACACUCCCAUACACCACCACACUCUGCCUCAACCUGCCAGCCCCACCCUCCCAUACACCACCACACUCUGCCGCAACCUGCCAGCCCCACCCUCCCAUACACCACCACACUCUGCCGCAACCUGCCGAACCCCACGCUCCCAUACACCACCACACUCUGCCGCAACCUGCCGAACCCCACGCUCCCAUACACCACCACACUCUGCCGCAGCCUGCUGAGCCCCAACCUUCCAUACACCACCAUGUCCUGCCCAACCCCAAACUCUAAAUUCUAUAGAGACCUUUCUCAAAAUCUAAUUUGUGUACUUAUGGGUCACAUCAGGUUCCUUUUUGCAUUCCUUAUAAUCCUGGCCUCUGCGAAGGCCAUUUCUGGGUGUUACUGUGAUCAUUAUGCAUGGAGCCCAUGGACUCAUUGCACCAAGACUUGUGAGCAGGGGACUCAGGAACGUAGCAGAAAUGUCCGGUAUGAUGAACACUGGAACAAGAACAAUUGUGCUCGGCUGUGCCAGACACAUGAGCGCCGGACAUGUAAUGUUGAACCAUGUCCCAUAAAUUGCCAACUGACAGAGUUUGGACCAUGGUCAGGGUGUUCACCCUGUGCCAAAAAAAUGUUCAGAACCAAGUCUGUCCUUAGGCCAGCUCAGUUUGGGGGACAGGACUGCAGUGAACCUCUGGUAGAAGAACGACCUUGUCAUCCUUCUAAAGAAUGCGUAAUUGAAAAAAACAUCUGCAAGGACAAAUUCACCUGUGAUAACGGCAGAUGUAUAAAAGCUAUUCUUGAGUGUAAUGGGCAAAAUGACUGCCUGGACAACUCUGAUGAGAAGAACUGUGGCAAAAUCAAACAAGUGUGUGGUGUAAAAAGAGAGUUUAACCCGUUACCUGGAGUGGAUCUGAUUGGUAAUGGGUUUGAUGCUGUUGCAGAGAAGAUGAGAGCCGCCGUCUUAGAAAAUUCCAUCAUGGGAGAUGAAUGUCGUUUAAACCGCAGCAAAGAGAACAGGAAAGUCUACCGCAUCCCAGCCAACAUCGAGAGCUAUGAAAUUAAUGUGGAAACUAUUGAGGAUAUUAAGGCAAACCUGCCAGUGCAAUCUGAGCCAAUCACCUUGAAACAUCAACUAUCAAGUUCUGGAAUAGUGAAUCCAUAUGGCUAUUCCUUGAAUAUUCCCAUCAUUCUGAACAUUUUCCGAAACUCUGUACAGUCCAAUUCCUUCAAGGAAGAAUUGAGUGCAUUUCAAAAAAAGGACUCUGAGUAUUUCAGGCUACACCAGGAAAUAGUCACAUCCACUUUCCGAACAAAAUCAUCUGACCUGUACCUCUCGCACCCCUUCCUGACCUUCCUCACCAACCUACCUCUGGACUACAACUAUGCCCUCUACAGGCAGAUCUUUCAGCAGUUUGGGACUCACUACUUCAGCUCUGGUUCUCUGGGAGGGCGGUAUGAUCUGCUUUUCCAAUAUAGUCGUGAAGAGCUCAAGACUCAGGGUUUAACACAGGAGCAGAAGAAAAGUUGCAUCCAAAAUGAAUUUUCUGUCUUCCUGUUCAUUUAUUAUACACGUUCACAUAGCAAUAGGUGUGGUACAAACACACAGACCACCAAAUAUGAAGGUUCAUUCUUACAGACAUCAGAGAAAUCUAUAUCAUCUGUGAAGGGAGGAAGAGCAGAAUAUGCUGCAGCUUUGGCCUGGGAAAAGAAAGGUGCUCCACCAGACAGCACGACUUACAAAGACUGGAUCAGUUCCACUAUAGACAAUCCCACUGUCAUAGACUACGAGCUGAAGCCCCUGGUUGAUCUUGUACGUGGUAUUCCCUGUGCCGUGACUAAGAGACGACACAUGCUGAAGGCUCUGAAUGAGUAUCUGUCAUCCUUUGACUCAUGUAAAUGUGCCCCAUGUCCCAACAAUGGCCGUCCCACCUUGGUAGGGACAGAGUGUGUGUGUAUCUGCCAGACUGGAACCUACGGGGCCAAUUGUGAGAACCGAGCCAAGGACUACACUUCAGAGGCAGUUGAUGGCUACUGGAGCUGCUGGAGCUCAUGGAGUGCCUGUGAUUCAACCUUAAAGAAGCACCGGACACGCUCCUGUAACAACCCUGCUCCUCAGAGAGGAGGGAAACCCUGCCAAGGCCCUGAGUUUCAGGAAGAGGAGUGCCCCAUCUCUAUCUUUCAAGAGAAGGAUGUGUGCAUCAGUGAUGAUGAAUUUGAGUCUGAGGAAGACAGUGAGAGCAUUCUGCCUUCUGGAGCUUCUGGAUGUGCCAAACCCAAACCACCUGCUCACAGCUACCUGAGGAUCAAUAAGCGAGUGUAUGAUUUUGGAGAUCAUGAGGAGUUUGUGUGCUUCUCUGGAUUCGAGCUGGAAGGUUACCAGCUCAUUCACUGUAAAAAGGAUGGAACGUGGGAGGAGGCAAAGGGCAGCUGCAUCAAGAGGUCGUGUUCCAGACCUAUUGUUCCACAUGACAUGAACAUAAGCCCAAGCAGAGUGGAAUACAGUAUUGGCUCCAGUGUCUUUCUGAUCUGCUCGGACAGUGCAACGAGUCCCUCAGGACCAAAUUACUUCACCUGCACUAACGCACUCACCUGGGAACCGUCCAUUCCUGAUGACAUACACUGUAAAAAUGAUGAGGUCUUUAUACCUGACAGCAGCUGUGAGAAGGGAAAGUGGCGUGUGGGUUCCACGUGUGUUUGCAUUCCUCGAGACGACUGCAGGAAGUAUAAGAGCGACAUUUGUGCUUUGGACGUGACAAAAGACCACGCCGUGAUGAUGUCCUUCUGCUCCUUUCAUGCCGACCGUUGCCAUGGAGACAAGCUGCACUUCAUUAAUGAUGGUCCAUGUAAAGGUGAUGUGAACUGGGCCAGAUUCAGGGCUAGAAUUUCUGAGAAGAGCUCGGUGCAGAAGCCAUGUGGAUCAGACACCUGUUACGAGUGGGAAACCUGCUCAGUAUCAGGUAUGUGCACGUGCAUACCUCCCAGAGAUUGUCCAAAGACCGAUGAACAAACUUUCUGCGUGAAUGUUGUGAGACUUCAGCGCCAGCGGACUGUCAAUCUGUGUAACAUGGCUGCUAUGAAGUGCAGCGGCUUUGACUUGGAUAUUCUUCAUGAAGGUGUAUGUUCAAGCCCGUAAAUCGAUUUAUACUCAUUAUUUACACACAGAACAGUUGAACCCAUGACAUAGCCAUCCUCUAUGUAUACUGUACCUAAUCACUCAUUUUCUUCUGAUAGCACUGAGAUAACAGUUUAAAACUUUCACUUUGAAUUUGUUGGUAUGAAAUAUUUUUGUGGAACAAUAUUGUGAAUAAAGUUCUUUAAGUAUAA